CUGGCCGCUCGUCGUGCUCAACGUCCAGUGUCCCCCCACCUAGCCAUCUACAAAUGGCAGAUAGGCUCUGUUAUGUCAUCCUUGAUGCGCAUCACUGGAGUCACAUAUGCUGGAUCAUUUUAUAUCUUCAGCGUCGCAUAUCUUGCUUCACCAUAUGUGGGUUGGGAUCUCUCGUCGACGGCAAUUGCUGCUUCCAUCGCUUCCUUGCCUGUAGUGGCACAGGCUGCUCUCAAAUUCGUUGUCGCUUGGCCUUUGGCGCUUCACUGCAUCAAUGGUGUCCGCCACUUGACUUGGGACACGGCAAGAGGUUUCAACAGAAGGUUCAUUCACAGAACUGGGUGGAUGGUAGUCGGUGCAACGACCAUGGUAGUUGGUUAUAUGACAAUUGUC